AUGAUUGGGACGAUCAGUGAGUGGCUGUGGUGGGACCGGCUGUGGCUGCCUGGGAACCUCACGUGGGCCGAUCUCAAAGACGUGGAAGGGCUCGUCUACGCCAGAGCAUCUCACCUCUAUGUCACCGUGCCCUAUGCUUUAGUCUUUCUUGUAGUCAGAUACCUGUUUGAAAGGUUGAUAGCAACACCGCUUGCAGCUUCGCUUGGCAUUACAGAGAAAACCAGAUACAAAGUGGAGCACAAUGCUGUUCUUGAACAUCAUUUCAUUACAAAGUCAAAACACCCAGGAAAGGCAGAUAUUAAGGGCCUGUGCAAAAAAUGCAGCUGGUCCAGUAGACAAGUGGAGCGCUGGUUCAGAAAGAGGCGAAACCAGGACCGUCCUAGUGUUCUGAAAAAAUUCAGAGAGGCCAGCUGGCGAAUGGUGUUUUAUCUGGUGGCGUUCAUUGGUGGAAUCAUAGCCCUGUAUGAUAAACCCUGGUUUUAUAAUUUGCGGGAGAUGUGGAAUGGCUAUCCCAGACAGUCCAUGCUAGAGUCUCAAUACUGGUAUUAUAUUGUGGAGAUGAGCUUCUAUUUGUCGCUGGUGCUCAGAAUAACCUUCGACGUCAAAAGAAAGGACUUUAAAGAACAGAUCAUCCAUCAUUGGGCCACACUGACGCUCUUGGCUUUCUCCUGGUGUGGGAACUACAUCCGAGUCGGAACCCUGGUCAUGCUCGUUCACGAUUCCUCUGACAUUCUUUUAGAGUCUGCCAAGAUCUUCAACUACGCCAAAUGGGAAAGAACGUGUAACGGCAUCUUUGUGGUAUUUGCUGUUGUCUUCAUAGCCACGCGAAUCAUAAUCUUUCCAUUUUGGAUCAUUCACUGCACGUGGGUUUAUCCUCCCGACUACUACCCGCCAUUCUUUGGAUAUUACUUUUUUAACCUCAUGCUUGUCAUCCUGUUGAUGCUGCACAUAUUUUGGGCAUAUCUGAUUCUACGUAUGGUCAAGAUGUUCGUUUUCGGAAGUUUAACCAAAGACGAGAGGAGCGACAAUGAAGAAGAUGAAGAGGAGGACGGAGAAACCAGUGUGACCGAGGACAAUGACGGACAUGUGAAAGUGACCAAUGGCUGCGGAGGAGGAGGCGGAGCUAAUCAUCACUGACACUUCUUUUCUCAAACUGUGAAGGACUUUGAAUUGCCCUCAGGGAUGCGAGGAGCCAAAGACAUACCUUUGAUUUAUUAUCACACAGAGAAUACGCCAGAAACUUGUCAAAACAAAUUGCAUCUUUUAAUAACAUUGAAAAAAGUAUUUUUUCCCCCACUCGGCUUCACUGGAGACAACUUGCUGUGUGUCUUGGCUGCUUCGAACGCUUUUUCCCCCUUUCAACUAAAACUUUUUUCAUUAUGGCACAAGAUCACAUGGGUAAUUAUAAAAGAGUACCGCACAAUGAAAAAGGAACUCCUCGUAAGUUUUAAUAGACUCCUUAUUGUUUUUAAAGCUCAAAGAUCACGUCACACUGGCUGCUCUCGCCGUCUGGCAUUGUCCAUCGAGGCUUCGUCCACCGUGCUGUUGAGUUUUACAUCAACCUCUGCUGUCCAGCACAGCCUCUAGCGAGAACUAAUAAGGCGAAAUCGCAAGUUUAUGUUUCCUGCAAGUGAUUUUGAACAAGAACAUCUACUUUCGUAUCACUUUAACCUCUUGACACAAUGGACAGCGGGCGUCGUUUUCUUUCAAUUUUACACCGUGUCUACACUUAAUGCAUCCAACAUUGUUUCUUAAUGUCACUGCAGGCCAUUUUAAUAAACUUUUGAUGGCUGGAGGUCACUGAGUUUCUGUACUGCUAGUUUCUAGUAAGCAUUUCUAUGCUUACUCGGCAUCUGCGCUGUUAACGGCAGUCUUUGACAAUGAAGGAUUUUCAGACAGUCAAUAAUUAAUAAGUGUUAUUAUUAAAAUGGCUAGUUGUUAAGGUGUUAAUGUGCCUAUCUAUCUAUCUAUCUAUUUAUCUAUCUAUCUAUCUAUCUGUCUAUCUAUCUAUCUAUCCUACCAGUCAGUUUUUUGAACAGUAAAAUUUUAAAUGUUUUUUAAAGUCUCUUCUGCUUACGAUGCCUGCAUUUAUUUCACCUAGCAAAAACAAAAAUAAAAUAAAAUUUAGAAAUAUUUUUACUAUUUAAAAUAACUGUUUUCUAUUUGAAUAUAUUUUAAAAUGUAAUUUAUUCCUGUGAUCAAAGCUAAAUUUUCAACAUUACUACUCCAGUCUCUUGCUGUUCAAGAAAACAGUGGAGUACAUUUUUUAAAGAUUCUUUGAUAAAUAAAAUGAUCCAAAGGGGAGGGGGGGGUCACAUUUUUCAUGAUAGGACAGUUGAGAUAUGACAGGAUGCAAGUGGGAGAGAGAGAGAGAGGGACGGGAUCGGGAAAGGUCCACAAGGCAGGAUUCGAACUCGGGACACCUGAAGCGCAACUGUGCCAUAUGUCGACACGCUGCCCACAAGGCUAUUGGCGCCGACCAAAGAUCAGCAUUUAUCUGAAAUAAAAAAAAAGCUUUGGUAACAUUAUACACUAUACCAGCGGUGGCGAACUCCGUUCCUGGAGAGCCGCAGUCCUGCAGAGUUCAGCUCCAACCCUAAUAAAAACUCACCGGCCUGUAGCUUCCUAGUAACCCUUCAGACCUUGAUUAGCUUGUUCAGGAGUGUUUGAUUAGGGUUGAAACAAAACUAUGCAUGGCUGCGGCUCUCCAGGACGGACGAUGAUAGAAAUUAAUACUUAAAUUUAGCAAGGAUGCUUUAAAUUGAUCAAAAUUGAUGAUAAAGACAUUUAUCAUUCAAAUAUCAGUUAACGAUUUUCAUAAAUCAGUCAAAAUUGUACUGUUUUUGCUGUACUUUGGAUGAAAUAAAUGCAGGCUUGGUGAGCGGAAGAGACCAAUUUUAAAAACAUUAAAAAAACUUUUGACUGGUAGUGUAUUUAUCUAUUGUUCCAUCCAUCCAUCCUAUAAGGUCAAUAAACCUUAACUUUGUUUAAACAUUUAAACAAAGCUUGUCAAGUCAAUAUUAAGUCUUGACCUCAAUUCAAAUCAAAUUUAAAUUCAAGAAUUGUUUUUUAAGAAUUGACUUUUCUUCUAACUUCAGCUCUGAAUGGUGCACAGCCCUUUUUCAGCUGUUGCUCCGUUAUGAUAGAAGCUGAAAUAGUAAAGUUUUGAUGUGUUGCUCGCGUUCAGUGUAGACUCGGUUUUAUAGAAUAU